GAACGACCAAGGCCGAGUACAGCCGAGCUGCACCGUCAAUUGUUGCGAACACGCCGAUGGAGAGAAGUUCAUACGUAAUUUCAAAACUCGUCUGUCAUUCGUAAUAAAAAUGGUUGAUAAAAGCAACUUCGUCUUCAGCUUCGAUCUCUUGCAAAGUUUCUACGAUUCUGAGAUUUCGAAAAAGGAGGACGUUUUAAUUGUAUGCGUUCACUCGUAUUUAGUAAAGACGGGAGCGGACUGUUUUGGCCUCGGUGACAACCAAACAUACGAUACAUCCGAGAAGGGAUCAAAAUUACUUCCAGAGGGAUGGAACAAACGUCCCAAUUACGUUUUACGUUAUGCAAAGGAUAAGAAAUUGUAUAUAUUAUAUGGUACAAGAUCCGAUGAUGAUUUACUCAUAAAUUUACUGAGGGUCGAAGAUCAAAAUGUAUCCAACGUUCAGUUUCCAAUUAAUCAAACCGUACAGAAUCUCCAUGGAUCCUUGGAUUCUGUAAUACCUUCGUAUCAAAAUGUUUUACAAACAAUUGGAACAGAUCUUAUUGAACCGAUACUGCCUAGUAAUACUAGAGAGAGUUCUGUACAGACAACAGCGAACGAAGAUAAGAAUGAUUCUACACAGUCUACCAGCAAGCCACAAACAGUUCCACUAAGAGUACAACCACCAAGUAGUACACCAUUGGCGGCACGUACAUGGUAUCCUAACGCUGACCCGUCAAACAUAGGAGCUGCAGAUUUAGAUCCGUUUGCACGCGGCGGUGGUAUGAUCUACGAUCCCUUCUUGCCUGAUAGACGUAAUCAUUUCGAUCCGCUUCGACCGGGAAUAGGAAUGGGAGAAAGACUACCACCGAGGGCUGUUCCACCUCAGGCAAGAUUCUAUCCAUUUGGACCACCAGAUAUUGAUCCAAUGCGUACUUCAGGUAGCUCCCACUUACCUUUCCCAGGAUCCGAUAACUCGUUUCUGUAAAAUAAGCAACUGUAUAAAUAAGAAAAAUAUAUUAAUCGAACUUCUAUACACAUUGUUCGCGCAUACUUAUA